AUGCGUUCCUUCGUCUUCAUUCUUACGCUUCUUAGCGUCGUUUCUGCCACCAAUCCAACCUCGAAUCGAUGCAAAGCAUUCCCCGGAGACAAGUCAUGGCCUUCGCAAUCGGACUGGAACAGUUUGAACAAGACAGUAGGAGGGCGUUUGGUGGCUACCGUACCACUUGGCGCACCCUGUCACGGUUCGACUUUUGAUAACGCGACUUGCGAAAGCCUGAAGAGUCAGUGGCAGUACGAAAAAAUCCAUUAUGAAUCGUCCUCAUCUGUGAUGGCACCUUUCUUCGCCAACCAGAGCUGCGAUCCCUUUCAGCCUCAAGACCGCCCGUGUGAGCUUGGCAACUACGUCCGUUAUGCCGUUGAUGCUUCUGGACCUACAGACGUCCAAAAAGCAAUUGCAUUCGCUGCAUCUCAGAAUAUCCGCCUUGUGAUCCGCAACACGGGCCAUGACUAUCUGGGUCGCUCCACCGGCGCGGGCUCACUAGCGGUAUGGACACAUCAUCUGAAGGACAUUACCCACGUGCCAGCAUACAAGGGCUCAGGAUAUAACGGCCCAGCGUUCAAGAUUGGUGCCGGUGUUCAAGGAUUCGAGCUUAUGGCUGCUUCCCGAGACAAGGGCUUAGUUGUGGUUGGAGGCGAGUGCCCUACAGUCGGUGUUGCUGGCGGUUACACCCAGGGUGGUGGGCACUCGGCCAUCAGUACCAGCUUUGGUCUUGCUGCUGACAAUGUUUUGAACUGGGAAGUCGUGACUGCCAACGGAAAGCUUGUUAACGCGAACCCCAAGGAGAAUUCAGAUCUGUACUGGGCUCUCAACGGCGGCGGCGGCAGCACGUAUGGUGUUGUAGUUGGGAUGACUGUCAAGGCACACAAGGAGGCUGUUUUUGGUGGUGCCUCGCUAUCGUUUUUCACAACGGACAAUGCCCAGGAUGUGUUUUAUGAUGCUAUCCAAGCAUUCCACGAAGAGUUACCGGCAAUGGUAGAUGCCGGAGCAAUGGUGGUCCAUUACUUCACGUCAUCGUUCUUCAUGAUCUCCCCGCUUAACGCCUACAACAAGACGGAGGUCGAGGUCAAGGCAAUGCUCGCGCCUUUCGUUGCUAGGCUGGACUCCAAAGGUGUCAACUAUACUGCUGAGUACAGUGAGUUCGACACGUACUACGAGCACUACGACAAGUAUUUUGGCCCUCUUCCACUCGGCAACAUCCAAGUAGGUAUUGCCCAGUACGGUACCCGAUUGAUUCCUCGGAGCGUCGUCAGCAACAUCACCGAGACCUGGAAGGCUGUCGUGGAAAAGGGAGUGACCUGGAUCGGAGUAGGAACAGAUGUGAAGUCUUUUGGCUCGCAGCAGACGACUUCAGUCCACCCAGCCUGGCGCAAAGCAAUUGUGCAUGCGACAUUGACACUUCCGUGGAACUUCACAGCUCCGUGGUCGGAAGCGUUUGCAGUCCAGGAGAAGAUGACAAAUGAAAUCGUUCCUCUUGUUGAGGCUGCGACACCGGGUAGUGGGUCAUAUGUGAACGAGGCCGACUUUCGUCAACCAAACUUCGCUGAUACGUUCUGGGGAGAGAACUACGGCAAGCUGUUGAAUAUCAAGAAGAAAUGGGAUCCCUCUGGUCUGUUCUACGCCACGGUUGGUGUCGGUAGCGAGGCGUGGACUGUUCAGACGGACGGUCGGAUGUGUCGCGCUUAG